AGUACAAAAUUCAGAGCUUUUAUUUCGUUGUUUUAAAGCAUGAUUUAGAGAGUCUUUAACAUGCAGCGUUCUCCAUUUAAACCCCUUAAAACCAGCUAUAAUGCUGUGAUAUUCUGGCCUUUAACUGCUGCUCUCGUAAUUAAGUUGCAGAUAAAAGGCCUUGUCUUAUCUGGAUCACAGGGGCUAUCAGCAUGUAUGAGCUUGCAUGAUCAGCAGAAACAGUCUCUUUUUCCCACACACACAUCCACGCUCACACACACACACCCACAGGCUGACAUUGUGUGCAGAAAUCUUUGCAGGGCGGUGUGAGCUGCAGAAACUCUGUCCACUCUGCUCCAUGCAAAGCCACAUCCCGCAGCAGCUCCAGCAGCAGCAGCAGCUCCACUCUCUCAGCAGGGAUUACUCCAAUAAUCCACCAGUUUUUUUCUUCUCCUAAAGGCCAGAAGCCCAGGGCUCUCUGGAAACCUGCCAUGUGACAUUUGGCUGCCGGCGCUCCGUCAGAAGGUCAAAGGGGCUGCACGUUUUGUGGAAAUGCAGAAAAACGGUGAGAACCUGCAGCACAUCCAGCACCACGACUUCUUCAGUGAGGAUGUCAGCGGGUUCAGCUGUGAUCGUCAGGCGGCCGCGGAGCGUUCGUUUACCCGGAGGUCCAAGCAGCAGAAAGUGCCCGUGAGCAAAAAGAUCUUCCCCUGGAUGAAAGAGUCCAGACACUCGGACCAGAAACACGGCAGGAGGAUCUCAGACUGCACCGUCAACGAGAAGUGUCCGAGCGCGAGCCCGGCCUCCAAACGGUCACGCACUGCGUACACGAGCGCCCAGCUGGUGGAGCUGGAGAAGGAGUUCCACUUCAGCCGCUACCUGUGCAGGCCGCGGCGCGUGGAGAUGGCCAGCCUCCUCAACCUGCAGGAGAGGCAGAUCAAGAUCUGGUUCCAGAACCGGAGGAUGAAGCAGAAGAAGGACGAGAGAGUCCAGGGCCUCAGCACCGCCAACACCACCUCCUCCUCAUCACCCCCGUCCUCCCCCUCCGCCCCGGGCAGCCCCACUCUGUCGAGCCUGGGUUAUGUCCAUCUGGGCGGGGAUUACCAGCCGGCCUCUCCUCCGCUCAAGUCCCAACAGCAGCAUCAGUCCCAGCCGGCGUUUCCCCCAGAAUACCCCGCAGAAUACUCCAAAUAUGCAGCUCCGGGUUUUACGCACGGCCAGCAGUUUCACAUGCAGUACAACACGCAGCUCCACUCCCACACUACAGACACGAACGUGGAUCAUAGCGGAGCGUAUUUCCCACAGAGCUGCUCUCAGGACAGAAUCAUGCAGGCUCCAAAACUGACCCAUCUGUAGCGCACGAAUUCCUCCAAAACUUUACCUCAAAACCACGAGGACAGACUUGACUGAUCUGCUGAUGCAUGCAUUUUUAUUUAUCAUUUCUAGACUAAUUAAUCGAAGUCUUAGUCUCAAGUCCUAGCUAUUUAUUUCUAUUUAUGUAUUUAUUCAUUUAUGUUUUUAUUGUGCCAACCUUUGCGCAUGGUCCUCCUCUUGUUUGCAGACGCAUUAGGCCAUGUUAAAACGCAGC